AUGACUCAAAGAACUACUACUACAGCUACCGUUACAAGUUUAGCUCGUGGUUCUAUCUCAGGAAGAUUUAGACCAUGUGAUGACUGUACCUGUUCUCCAGGUUUAUUAUCAAGACAAGGUAGAAGAGCAUCCUUAUUUUUAAGACAAAUAGAAAGUAGUCGUAGAAAGACCCAUUCCCAUAAUAGAAACUCUAUUGCUGGUAUUGAUAAUGCUUCCAUCUAUUCUUCUGACUCCCUAUGUCAAUCUAACAAAGAAGUUAAUACUAGUCAAAGGUUACAUGCUUUACGUUCAGAAAUGGAAAAACAUGAUAUAGCAUGUUAUAUUGUUCCAAGUGAAGAUGAGCAUCAAUCUGAGUAUGUCGCAGCUAUUGAUCAAAGAAGAAGUUUCAUUUCUGGAUUUUCAGGUUCUGCUGGUAUCGCCUGUAUUACUAGAGAUUUAUUAAAUUUCAAUACAGGACAUCAUGAAGGUAAAUCUGUUUUGAGUACUGAUGGUAGAUAUUUUAAUCAGGCAUUACAAGAAUUAGAUUUUAAUUGGUCAUUAUUAAGACAAGGUGUUGAUCAAACAACUUGGCAAGAAUGGUGUAUUAAAGAAUGUCAAGAAAUGUCGGAAGGUCUAGGUAAUAAAGAAGUUAAAAUUGGUGUAGACCCAAAAUUAUUUAGUUAUCAUCAAAUCGUUCAAAUACAAAAAUUAAUUAACGAUAAAUUAGCUGGUUUUAAUGCUAAUGUCUCUUUGGUUCCAAUAAAAGAUAAUCUGAUUGAUGCCAUAUGGAAUGAAUUCGAAGUAGUUCCUGAAAGAGAAAAGAACGAGUUAUUGAUGUUACAUUAUGAAUAUCAUGGUGAAGAAUUCCAAUCAAAACGAGAUCGUUUAAUGAAGAGUCUAAAAGAGAAAUAUGCUACAUCAGACAAUGCUAAACAUACAUUUGUAGUUGUUGCAUUGGAUGAAAUUUGCUGGUUAUUAAAUCUUCGUGGUUCGGAUAUUGAAUAUAAUCCAGUCUUUAAUGCAUAUUUGUUGAUGAAUGACGAUGGUGAAACAAUUUUGUUUUGUGAUAAUCCAACCAAUGAAGAAAUAAAGUUUUUCUUUUCUGAUAAUGCAAUUAUUGUCAAACCUUAUAAUGAAAUUUGGGAAUUCCUUAAUGUUUACACAAACGAAUUAGAAUCUCAAUCAAAUGACUCUGAGCAAAGUCAUUCCAUUUUCCUACCUGAUACCUCAUCCUGGCAAAUUGUCCGCUCUGUUGAAAAUAUUCCAUACAAGAUCAUCCACUCACCAAUUGAUUUCUUUAAAUCUGUCAAGAAUGAUAUUGAGUUAGGUAACGCACAUAGAGCUCAGGUCAAAGAUGCUCUAUCUAUUAUACAGUAUUUCUCCUGGUUAGAACAACAACUGGUUGAAAAAGAGGCCUUAAUUGAUGAAUACAAAGCUGGUGAAAAAUUAGUUGAAAUUAGAAAAACGCAAAAGCAUUAUAUGGGUAAUUCUUUUGAAACUAUAUCGUCAACAGGUGCUAAUGCAGCCAUUAUUCAUUAUGCACCACCUAAAGAUAAUUGUUCUAUGAUUGAUCCAUCAAAGAUCUAUCUAUGUGAUACUGGUUCUCAAUUUUUAGAAGGUACUACCGAUAUUACAAGAACAUUACAUUUCACCAAACCCACACAGGAACAAAUUGACAACUAUACGUCAGUCUUAAAAGGCAAUUUAGCAAUUGAAAGACUAGUAAUUCCUGAAGGAACAACUGGUUAUAGUAUUGAUGCUAUUGCUAGACAGUUCCUGUGGGAAAGGGGUUUAGAUUAUAGACAUGGUACUGGUCAUGGUAUUGGUUCAUUUUUAAAUGUUCAUGAGGGACCAAUUGGUAUUGGAUUUAAACCACAUUUAGCUAAUUUCCCAUUACAAGUUGGAAAUAUAAUUAGUAAUGAACCUGGUUACUAUAAGGAUGGUGAAUAUGGUAUUAGAAUUGAAAAUGAUAUGGCUGUUAAAAGGGCAGAAGGUUUACAAUUUGGUGAUCGUAAAUUUUUACGAUUUGAAAAUAUUACAUUAGUACCAUAUUGUAAGAGAUUAAUAAAUGUUAAGAUGUUAACCACUCAAGAAAUAACACAAAUUAACUCAUACCACUCAAGAAUCUGGAAUACUUUAGUUCAAUCUAUUCAACCUCAAAGUAUUACUUUCAAAUGGUUAAAGGAAGAAGUGAAACCAUUGCGAGAAUAG